UUGAGCUUGAGCUUUCAACAGUACUUCCGGCUUCCUCCCAUAUUCAUUAAACAUGCAGGCUAAUUUAAUUAAAGACUUUAAAUCAUCCAGUGUAUGUAUAUGCACUACGCGAGUGUGAAUGGUCCUUUGUUUAGAUUUGCCCUGCGAUUGGCCAGCAAACAAUUCAGGCUGUCGAAAAUGGAAGGAUGAAUUGCUGUUAUGUGCCCUCUGUUUUACAUGCUUGCGUUUUGGGUUUGUGAUCAUCUCCAUGAAUUCCGUAGAUAGUGGAUUAUUUCAUUUCAUAGGGAUGUUCUGCAACUCUCAGAAGAAGCAUUUUAGUCAGUCUUGUAUAGCGGGGAUGCAACUGUGGGUUUCAGUGGAACGCUGAACGUGGCCCUCUCAUGCACCCAUAAUGAUCCAGCCGCUGUCCACUGUAGUAACCGCUGUCCCUGACAGGGUUAAUAUCCGUUUCACAGGAAAAAAGUAUACUUUCUGAUUGUAAUGCAAUUUGAAUAAGAAUAAGACUGAAAAGAAAACCUUUACUCGUCUCCCAAUGGAGAAAUUCCCAAUUUACAGCAGCAAAGUUAUGAAAGGAAGAAAGUAGAAGAACAUAAAGGAUCGGAGCUGCUGUAAAGGCAGCCACUCUCGCGGCGCCAUCUUGAAGUCUUAACAAUAUGAAUGAAUGACGUCACGUGAGUUGCUACGCAUUGCCGAGCGGAAAGAAGGAGCAGCAACAGUAAAGUCAACAUUUCUCUCGUGUGAAGCUUUCCCACAUUUGAAAGUAAAGAACAGAGCGAAACGCGGUGGCAGCGCGUGUGUAGAAAUUGGCGACGUGAAGAGGGGGCUGGACGAAACGCUAGCUCGUUAGCACGGAAGCUAACCGCGGACGUUAGCACGGAAGCUAAAAGUAAAAGUAAGCUAAAAGUCGCUACGCAGCUGGAACCCACGACCAGAGACCAACCAACCAAACGCCAGCGAGCGUGAGGGAGCCGGUAAACCCACUUGCCACGUUAGAAACACCCAGCAGCAAGCCUACUGGACACGUCACAAACUAGCAUACAACCGGCUAGCAACGAGACCCGACAAAAUGCCACCCAAACAGAAGCAAGACACAAAGCAGGAAGAGGAUUCCCUGACCUUCACUCAAGUAAAUGAAUUACUCCAGCAACAAAAAGAACUUUUUACGGCGCUCUUGCAACAACAACAGGAAAAUUUCAAAGGAUUUGUCAAGAUAGACUCAACAAACUCACGACUUGACACUUUUACCAUGGAAGUCCAAGAAAUAAAAACCAGCAUCAACUUUACCCAAAAAGAGGUAGACGACAUUAAAAAAAAUCUAAUCUGUCAAACUGGCCAUUCCAAAGACAUGCAAACGGAAUUCUACAAAGUAUGUGACGGCAUGCUUGUAUUAACGGACAAGGUGGACUACUUGGAAGGACAGUCAAGAAGAAACAACUUAGUAAUUGAUGGAAUUGAGGAAAAACCGGGAGAAACGUGGACUCAAACAGAGGAAAAAGUUCAAAAAAUCCUUAAGGAGAAACUGCUGAUACAGGGGCAAAUUGAGGUGGAGAGAGCUCACCGCACAGGAAGACAAGACCCUGGAAGACCUCGACCAAGGCCAGUUGUGGUGAAAUUUCUAAGAUACAAGGACAGAUCAAGGAUCCUACAAAAAACAAAAUACUUAAAAGGCUCCAACAUCUACGUUAACGAAGACUUUACAGAUGCCGUAUGACAAAAAAGAAAAGAGCUCCUCCCAAAAUUAAAAGCUGCACGUGACAGAGGGGAAACUGCCUACUUAAGACAUAACAAACUUAUUGUCCACCCCCGCACCAGUACUCCAACACAACAGGCUCGAGUUCAACACCAUCAAGCAGCAUACUGAGAAUUUUUCACCACCCGACAAUAAAAACUCUGACCCUACUGAAGCAGGAAAUUCACAUACCAAAAAACAUGGACUUCGAAUCCUUUGAUGACCCUUCCAACCCUUUGAUGACUUCCAACCCUACUGACCACAAGACGUUUGACCCUGAGAACAACUUGGACCCGGACAAUAACUUUUUCAAGACUGACCGACCGUGAGGCAGCCAGUGAUGACCGGGAGGAAGCCAGCGACGACUGCAGGGAAGCCAGCGACCGUGAGGAAGCCUGGAGACAACCAGCCUGCGACCACCGUGAGGGAGCCAACGACGACCGCAAGGGAGCCAGAGACGACCGAGAGGAAACCAGCGACGACUGCAGGGGAGCCAGUGACCGCGAGGGAGCCGGGAGACGGCGAGCCAGCGCGCGUGAGAGAGCCGGGAGGCAGCCAGCCGGCGAGCGUGAGGGAGUCGGCGAUGACCGCAAGGGAGCCAGUGACCACGAGGGACCCAGUGAUGACGGCGAGAGAGCGAGCGACGACAGCGAGGGAACCAACGACGGCCGUGAGGGAGCCAUCGACGACCGUGUGGGAGCGGGAAAUUCACAUCCCAAAAACAUGAACUUCCAACCCUUUGAAGAUAUUGACUAUAAGCCAUUCGAUCCCGAGAACAAUUUGGACCCAGACAAUAACUUCUUCAACAACAAACAAAGGGUAACAAACUCUGACUAUUACCUGGAUGAACAAUUCAACACUAACAUAAAAUUGGAAAAUGCACUUUCGGUAAUACACUUAAACAGUAGAAGUCUCUAUAAAAACUUCACAAAAAUUAAAGAAUACCUGACUAAAUUCAAUAAAUUUAAAAUAAUUGCCAUAUCAGAAACUUGGCUUGAUGAAGAUAAAACAACUGAAAUGGAAAUAGAAGGUUAUGAAAUGUUUGCAACUAAUAGAGAAAACAAAAAAGGAGGGGGGGUUGCAAUAUAUGUAGACAAAGCACUUAAAUGCAGUAAAAUCGAGAGAUUGACAAACACAAUAGAAUACCUAAUGGAAUGUCUAACCAUUGAAAUACACAAUAAAAAGGCAUCAAAUAUCAUCAUAAGUUGCAUCUAUAGGACACCAGGAACAUGUAUUGACACAUUCAAUAAAAAAAAAGAUAUGCUCAGUUACUACAACGAUAAGAAAACACGAAUAAUAUGUGGUGACUUUAACAUUGACUUAUUAAACCCAAAUAGACACAAAAAAACAACUGACCUCAUAAAUACUAUGUACAGCAACAGCUUUUUCCCAGUAAUCCUGAAACCUAGCAGAAUAACAGUUGACACGGCCACAUUAAUAGAUAACAUAUUUAUAAAUAAGAUUGAUCAUAAAAUGGAAAGUGGACUUCUCAUUAAUGACAUAAGUGACCACCUGCCUGUUUUUGCAGUUUUUCAUAAUUAUUUCGAUAGAAAAGCUAAAUCAACAACUCGUAUAACAGAAAUAAGACUAAGAACCCAACGUUCAAUCGAUGCCUUUAAGCAAGACCUAGAAAAACAAAACUGGACCGAGGUCUACUCAAACGAAGACCCAAAUACAGCGUUUGAAGUAUUUCAGUCUACCAUAAUCUCCUUAUAUGAUAAUAUAUAUAUACAAAAAGUAUAAAGACCCAAGUAAGCCAUGGAUAACGAAAGGCAUAGAAAACGCAUGUAAAAAGAAAAACAAUUUAUAUAAAUUGUUUUUAAAAUUCAGAACUGAAGAAGCAGAAAAAAAAUAUAAGACCUAUAAAAAUAAACUAGUAAAUAUUAUAAGAACCAGUAAAAGAGAUCAUUAUCAUGCACUAUUAGAGCAGAAUGAAGGUAACACACAAAAAAUAUGGAAAAUACUUAACCAAGUAAUCAGAAAUAGUCCUAAAAAAAUGGAUUAUCCAGAGUAUUUUAUCAAAGGCAAAAAUACUAUUUUGGAAAAAACUGCAGAAAUAGCAACUUAAUUUAAUGAGUAUUUUGUCAACAUCGGCAGUAACCUAGCAAAACAAAUUCCUGAUCCAACAGACCUGUUUGAAAUAGAUACGUAGAAAAAAACUCCUCCACGAUGUUCCUUACUGCUGUAAAACAAGAAGUAUCAAAUAUUAUAAAAACUUAAAAAAAUAAAAAGUCAACUGAUUGCUUUAAUAUUGAUAUGACAAUAAUCAAGCAGAUUAUAGAAUAUGUAGUGCGACCUUUCACACACAUAUGCAACCUGUCAUUCAAAGCUGGUAUCUUUCCAUCAAAAAUGAAAAUUGCUAAAGUUAUUCCAAUUUAUAAAAGUGGAGAAAGACAUUUGUUUACGAAUUACAGACCAAUAUCACUACUACCACAAUUUUCAAAAAUAUUAGGAAAACUAUUUUCUUGCAGACUUGAUAGCUUUAUACAAAAGCAUGCGCUGUUAAGUGAGAAUCAAUAUGGCUUCAGGGAAAAACGGACCACCUCAAUGGCAGUUACGGAGUUUGUGGAAGCAAUAGCCACUA